UAAUUUGUUCAUCCAACCAGAAGAUAAGCCUUAAAAGAGAGCCUCCCAAAAAAUGAAGUUUACGACCUUGUUCUCUCUGUUUCUACUUUGUGCCUUCACCUGGAACCUCCCUUCAGCCAGCGCUGAUGUGGUAGACACUGACGGUAAACUUGUUGAAAAUGGUGGGAUAUACUUUUUAAGGCCAGUUAUAAUAACUGGAAACGGGGGUGGGGUAGAAUUUGCAGCAACCGGAAACGAAACUUGUCCUUUGUCCGUUAUCCAAAAUCCCGAUCCUUUCUCUAAUGGCCUACCGGUACAAAUUUCAUCACCGUUCAGAAUCCGUUAUAUAUACGAGGGUCUUAUCUUAAACUUUGGUUUCACUGUUGUGCCCCCGUGUGCUCCCACUCCGUCUUUCUGGAUUCCUGUGAAGGGUGAGGAAGAGGAACUCUCUGUUAAACUUAAUGGGUACGGCAACGCAGUACGCGGUUGGUUUAAGAUUAAGAGUGUUCCUUAUGACAUUGGGGGCUACAACCUCUUGUUCUGUCCCCUCGAUAGUAGUUCAUGUGGCUACGUUGGGAUUCAGUUUGAUGCUGCUAGAAACAGGCAUUUGGUCGUCACCCAGAAUGCCGACACUGCUUUAUGGGUUCGCUUUCAGAGAGUUUCAGCGGCAUCUUCUGCAACUGCAUAUGCAUGAACCACCACUGUUACACUAAAAUGUCAUGCGUAGUUUCUCCUGGUGUGUUAGAAACAUAAUCUAAGCACUAAAUAAUGCUUAUUUCGUUGUAAUAAAUUGGCGCAUGGCUAAAUAUAAUAAGACUGGACACUCUUAAGAAAAUAGCCCGUUCAUAUUUUAAAUAAAAUAUUCAUAUUUUAAGAUGUCAA